UUGUUUGUCCUCUCACAUGCAUGAAUGGAGGAGUGUGCAGCUCCCGGAAGCACUGCCUGUGCCCCCCCGGCUUCACCGGGCGCCUCUGCCAGUUCCCGCUCCAGCAGACGCAGCAGCCCCAGGCCGCGCGGGGCAACGAGCAGCCUGUGUACCCCAUACCCCUAAAACCGGAAAACCACAAGUUCCUGGAGGAGUCGGGCUUCGGUCGCACCCAGCUGACGCAAACACACUCCGUUUUCAACCUACCCGUGUCUCAAGUGGGGCACCACUCAUCGGAAGUCCAGAUUAACGUACGCGUCCACCACACGCCAGACACCUCCGUGGUCAUUCAGUCUGUCGACCAGUCGGACACCAAGCCUCCUCACAAGUUGGGUCCGCGGCUGAUCCAUCACAAACCAAAGGGGCGCUGCUUCCAGGAAACCACACCCAAACAAGCAUGCAACAGCACCCCGCUUCCUGUUCUGACCAAUCAGGAGGAAUGCUGUGGCAGCGUGGGAAACUCGUGGGGACAAAACAAGUGUUAUCAGUGUCCCAAAUUACCAAAUGCAUCAGUCAAACAGACCAUUGUGGAGGAGUAUGGCUCUACCUGUCCACAAGGUUAUAAAAGAUUCAACACUACUCACUGUCAAGACAUCAAUGAGUGCUCCAUGCAGGGCGUCUGUCUGAACGGAGACUGUCUCAACACACUGGGCAGUUUCAAAUGUUCCUGCAAGUCCGGUUUUGUCCUGGAGAGGAAUCGAUGUGUUGGUGGCUGUUUGUUUUCCCUCCAAACUUUGUUAUUUGAGAAUUUUCAAGUCAUUGAAAUUUUUUUUACUUUUAUCCGUCUUCCCAACCCCAUAGACGUCAACGAGUGCUCCAUGCAGGGCGUCUGUCAGAACGGAGACUGUCAUAACACGCUGGGCAGUUUCAAAUGUUCCUGCAAGUUCGGCUUUGUUUUGGAGAGGAAUCGAUGUGUUGCUGAGCAGGCUCAGUGCUUCCGGAUGGUAUCCGAAGCCAAGGGCUGCGAGCACCCUCUGUCAACCAAAAUCACCCAGGAGAUGUGCUGCUGCACAGUGGGCAAAGCCUGGGGCCGGAACUGUGAAAGGUGUCCUCAUGUGGGCACAGCGGCCUUCACUCAGAUCUGUCCUGCUGGAAAAGGAUACUCUUACCAUAGUAUAACAGAGACUGUGGCUUUCCCUCCAAUCAUCUUUCCCCAAAUAUAUGACACAAAAGUUGUUAAACCUUCCCCUCCAACAAUCAUCCGAAUGAACCCAGGCAAUGACCCCCUCGAAACACAGAUAAAAGUCUUCCAUGAUAAUGAGUGUGAGACGGAGCCGUGCGGCCAUGGUAGGGGACGCUGCGUCAACACAGAGGGGGCAUACAAAUGUCUCUGUCGCCCGGGCUACAAACACAUGGUGCAGCACGGAAGACUCAAGUGUGUCGAUAUGGAUGAGUGCUUAGAGCCAGACAUAUGUGGUCUGGGAGGCAUUUGUCGAAACUUGCCUGGGUCUUAUAAGUGUGACUGCCACAGUGGCUUAAGGAGCAAAUCCCACCGUCAUCCAGCCUGUGAAGACAUCAACGAGUGUUUGAAUCCUGACACCUGUCCCAAUAAGCAGUGUGAAAACACAUUGGGCUCUUAUGAGUGUGUUCCUUGCUUGCCUGGUCAUGAGGCCCAUGCUGGAACUUGCUACGAUAUUAAUGAAUGUCAGAAGCCUGGCAUGUGUCCAAACGGGCGCUGUGAGAACCUCCCUGGUACUUACCGCUGCCUUUGCAAUGAGGGCUUCCUCCAUUCAGUAGACAGCAAAAGCUGCAGUGACAUUGAUGAGUGCGCAGAUGCUCGGCUGUGCGCUUAUGGCCGCUGCAUCAACACGGAUGGCUCCUUCAAGUGCCAGUGCUACCCAGGAUACCAGCGCACACAGGAGGGCAGCCACUGUGAGGAUAUCAAUGAGUGUAAGACGCCAUCUAACUGUGUAAGGGGCCGUUGUAUUAACAACAUGGGCUCAUAUCACUGUGAGUGCCAGAAGGGAUACACACUGGUCGGAGGCAGGGAAUGCCAAGACAUAGAUGAAUGUGCCAUUGACAGAAGUCUCUGCCAGCCGUACGGCUUUUGCGAGAACAGACCAGGCUCAUAUGUGUGUGUCUGCAAUCACGGCUAUGUCCUUUCAGAGGAUGGACACUACUGCGAAGCAGUUCGAGUGCUGACUGAUGAGAAGAAAGAGUGCUACCUGAACCUGGACGACACUGUUUUCUGCGACAGCGUCCUGGCCAUCAACGUCACCAAACAGGAGUGCUGCUGCUCCAUUGGCGUGGGCUGGGGAGAUCACUGCGAGAUAUACCCUUGCCCCGUCUCCCACUCAGCUGAGUUUCACUCCUUGUGUCCAAAUGGACAAGGCCUCUACUAUGAGGAAGGAUUCCAGUACAGUCUGCCUGCCUAUCAUGAUAUUGAUGAGUGUUCCUUGUUUGCUGAGGAAAUCUGUAAGAAGGGUCGCUGUGAGAACACGAUGCCAGGCUACGAGUGUUACUGUCAACAAGGCUUCUAUUACGAUGGGAACCUUCUCGAGUGCAUCGAUGUCAACGAGUGCCACGACGAGUCUCUGUGUACUAAUGGUCAGUGCGUCAACACUGAAGGCUCCUUCUACUGCAUCUGUAACCAGCCCUGGACACCAGACUCCAACAAGAAGAAGUGUGUGAUUGCCACGGUAGCAGAUGUAAAUGAGUGUGAGGACCCAGAAAACUGUAAAAAUGGUUUAUGUGUGGACACUUUUGGGUCAUACUACUGUGUCUGCACUCCACCCUGGACCCUUGCCAUUGACCGGAACAGUUGCAUAACUCCAGAGGAGCAGGCUGAUGUGAAUGAGUGCCAGGACCCCUCGUACUGUAAGAAUGGGAGGUGUGAGAACACGCCCGGCUCCUUUCACUGUUUUUGCGACCCUCCCUUCACCUUCAGUGCGGCGCUGAAACAGUGCGUCUAUGACGAUCGCACUGCGGCCCACAAGGACGUGUGUUUUAUACAGGUUGACGAGGGCCUUAUUUGCAGUGACCCUGUGAAGGAACUGGUGGUGACCUACUCAGAGUGCUGCUGUCACUUUGGCCGUGGCUGGGGACCUGAAUGUAACACCUGCCCAUCCAGAAACUCAGAGAUGUUCAGUCGCCUGUGUGAGAUGCAUCUGGAGACUGAGUCUGAUGGGGAGCCGGAUUUUCUGCCAGCUUUCUCCAACUACAACCCAGGUGACAGUUCAGAAGAGGAUUCAGAUGAAUGCAGCUGUGCAAAUGGCCGUUGUGUCCGUUCUUAUCUGGGCACCAUGUGUGAAUGUAACCCAGGCUUUAGGUUAGACCACUCCCGUGCCCGCUGUAUAGACAUUGAUGAGUGUGCAGAGCCAGGCGCCCGUGUUAAUCCCUGCAAGAAUGCUCGCUGUGUGAACACUUCCGGUUCUUACAAGUGUUUCUGCAAACACGGCUUCGUGGCCACGCGCAGGCCCAACGUGUGUGCCCGGCGCAGGAGU